AAGUGUUGACUUAGAUAGAUCGUUAAAAAUAUUUCAGCAAAAUGAGUGACAGCCGAGAACCGCCUCCGUUUGAUGAUGAAGAAACAGAAGAAGUUGGGAGUGAGAUUGCUCCAGUAGAAACAGAGAUCAACCUUGAUGAUGAUGCAGCAGAAAAACCUGUCAAUCAAGAGGAAAGUGUCAAACAAGCAGAAGUUGUUUCUCAAGAAGAAGUUGUCACCAAGCCGACAGUUGUUACUGAACCUGACCCGGUUCCGGUGGUUAAAGAAGCCGCGGCUCCGGAGCCGGUAAAAGUGGAGCCAGAGUUAUUGGAUGAUGACGAUGAUGAUGAUAUGUUUGAAAGCGCGUCUGCUUCAGCAAACUUGCCAAAUAUUUCAAUUGAAGUUCCAACCAAGUACACGGAUACUGCUAAGGAUGAUUAUAGCAAAGCAUCUCAUAGCUCACAGUAUGAUUCUAAAGUAAAUGAUAUUACUAUCCAAGUAUCCGACCCACAUAAGGUAGGAGAUGGUAUGAAUGCUUAUAUGUCGUAUAGAGUUCGUACCAAGACCUCCAUCCCAAGUUUCAAGCGAGCAGAACUGGCAGUGGACCGGAGGUUCAGUGAUUUCCUUGGUAUUCAUGAAAAGUUAUUGGCAAAACAUCGCCACGCUGGUAGAAUAGUCCCGCCCGCCCCUGAAAAAAGUAUAGUUGGCAUGACGCUAAUUAAAAUGUCGAAAACCGACGAGGAAGCUGUUUCGAUUGAUUUUGUUGAAAAAAGAAGAGCAGCUUUGGAGAGAUAUUUGAACAGAGUUGCGAGGCACAAUACACUUGUGCAGGACCAGGAUUUCCGAGAUUUUCUUGAGCAAGAGGAGCUGCCGCAAGCAACUAACACCAGAGCAUUGAGUGGAGCUGGGGUCAUGAGGUUGGUGAAAAAUGUUGAAGGUGCUUUGAGCAAAAUAACUAUCAAGAUGACAGAAGAGGAUUCAUGGUUUGAAGAGAAGCAACAACAAAUUGAAAGCUUGGAACAGCAGCUUAGAAAGUUGCACGCAUCCUUUGAAAGUCUUGUGCAUCAUAGAAAGGAACUUGCGGUCAACACUGCACUUUUUGCAAAGAGUUCGGCAACACUGGGAAAUGCUGAGGAGCACACUGCCCUAUCUCGUGCGCUUGCGCAACUUUCCGAUGCGUUCGAAAAAAUCGAGAAUGUUCAUCAGGAACAAUCUAAUACAGAUUACUACGCUGUGGCUGAAACACUUGCUGAUUAUCUGCGUAUUAUUACAGAAAUCAAAGAGAUUUUCAUGGUCAGGGUGAAGAGCUGGCAAAACUGGCAGAACGCAGAGCAAAACGUUCAAAGGAAGAAAGAAGCAGAAGCAAAGAUGCAAGCCUCUGGAAGGACAGAUAAAAUCGCUCAAAUUCAAGCGGAUAUUAAAGAACUGGAAGCGAGAGUCCAAACAUGCAAGAGCGAUUUUGACGAGCUGUCCGCAGAGAUAAAGAAAGAGAUGCAAGCUUUCGAGCAAGAUCGCGUGGUGGACUUCAGACAGUUAGUUCUCAUCUUCCUUAAGAAUCUCAUGAAGAGUCAGGAGCAGAACAUUAAGAAUUGGGAAGCAUUUAUGCCAGAGGCAAGGGCCAUUGCUUAGUGGGGGAAAGGUUCAUUAUAUUAACUGAUUGAUAGCAACACAUGUAUUACUUCAUUAUAGUAAUUCUAAUAUUGAUAUAAAAUGUCAUUUCUGAUAUCAUACUCAGCAGUUUCACGUCUUAUAUUACAAUACAUUGUGUGCCAGAGUGUGAGUUUCACUUUAUAUUUCAUAAUUGUAACAUGUUUAUUUCAUUUUUGUAUCCCAAGAGUCAUAACUCAAUGAGAAAAAUGUGUUUUUGUAAAUAACAAAAAAUUGAUUACACUUUAAAAGCAAUUUAUGUCUGUAAUUUUUUUCAAGCUAAACAAUAUUUUUGGUCGAUUAAGUAGUUUGAUUUCCUAUUACCUUUCAAAAGUGCAAUGUGUGUUUGUGUAACUUGAUGCAAAUAUUAUGUUUGUGUGAAUUACAGAAGUGCUUAAUUUGAAGCAAGGUAUUCACACAUAGUGAUUCAUGAUUGAGUUAAUAACAUUAUACUCCAUGUGUAUUACUCCUAG